GUCUGUAAAGCCGAUUAGUGCCUUUACCUGAUUAUCUCAUAUGGUAGUCUGUGUAACGUAGCAUAGAGUGUAUGUUUAACGUGUUCCUGGCAUAGAGUUUUUCGCGGCUCCCUAGGGAGGAGAAGUUCCUCUCCUGAACCAUGGAUAAGGAACUUAUGUGUGCAAUAUGUUUAGAAUUUUUCGACGAACCUUUGAUGUUGCCAUGCAGUCACAAUUUUUGUAGAAAGUGUCUACAGGGCAUAAUCACUGCUAGGGACCAAUUCACGAGUUACAGACCCCAGCGAUAUGUUGACUGUCCCUUGUGUCAGAGGAAGAUUCCAUUAGAAAGAACAGGAGUUGACCAGUUUCCAGUGAACCGUGCACUCGGCAAUGUCAUUAGUGUCUACAAAGCAGAGGCAGAAGUUACUUUCAAUGAUGCAAGUUGGAGUAAAGAUGUAUCGGAUUCAGCUGGACAAUGUCGACUGCACAAGGAAGACUUGUGUUUUUAUUGUUUGUCUUGUAACCAAGCUGUUUGUAAAGAGUGUAAAUGCAUUAGUCAGAGAGAUGCAGGUGCAUCUCAUCGAUUCAGUCCCAUCAAAGAACAACUCCAUCGCUCUCAGACAUCAAUAUUGGCAUCCCUGUCAGAAAUUAGGAAGAAGAGUGUUAUGUUAAAUGACAGAAUUCAACUUUUGAAUGAAAUCCUUGAAGGGAUUGAUGAAAAUGAGAAGCAUGUGCAGAAAAGUAUUGAGGAGGAGUUUGAGGCACUGAGGUCACAGCUGAAGAGUCGGCAGGAGGAGAUGAAAAGGCGUCUACACAAUGAUAUUGAAGCUAUUAAACGUCCAAUUCUAGAUCAGCUGAGAAAGAACAAGUCUAUCAACUCCAGUAUAGAUGACCAUCAGAGGAAACUAAGUCUAGUCAAAGCCACACAAGAUCCAAGUUUACGAAUUAAGCUGUUACAAGAGUCUGAGCGACAGCUAAACAGCCUGCUUUGUUUUGACCUGGCCUGGUUUUCCUCAAGUGACACACCCACUGUCAACAUGCCAACAUGGGAACUUCAAAAACGGGCAGUGGAGAAUGCCAUUCCACACAUUCAACUCAAACGAUCAGGCCAUGAACUCUUGACGCCAGAUUCAGCUGCUUCUACAGAGGCUGGUAUAACAGCAGGAUUAAGUGGUGUGAGCUUCAGUGAUAAGAAUCCCAAACAUAGUCAUGAGAUGGCAAAGCAGCCAGUCCGGGAUGAUCCAGCAUCCUACCUGAGAAGUUCCUCCAGCACCACACUGGGGGUACAAACUGAACCAAUAUCUAAUACCUCAACAGAAGGUGCAGUGAUGCAUCGUAAUGCAUUGUCCAUUCAUAAGCAUCCUCUUCCACUGGACCCAAACCGACCUACAGAGAAUAAGGAUGUCCGAACUACGACUUCCUUGUAUUUUACUAGUCAGUCAGGCAAACCACAAGGACAACAGAGGACAAAUAUGAGUGUGACUCUGCCACCAAGAUCUGACAUUGAAAUCUCAUCCCACACAUCAAAUGUUCACCCUCGACUAUCCCUGCCAACCACUGCAAGUACAAUUGCCAUUUCUUUACGCAGAAACUCAGAAGGAGGUCUUCAGACCCUUGGUGGAGGAGAGGCUGGAACUCCCACUUCUGCUACCCUCCCAAUCACCACGCCCAUUACUAACUCCUUACUUGCCAACAUAAACAGUGUCCCUCCCAUAACUUCAUCAUCAGUGAGUCUGACCAGUGAGGCAGGAGCUGCUUCUUUCCCCAGUUUUACUGAACCAGACAGAGUUCCUUCAUCCAUGGAGACAGAGAAUGGGGUCAAUGCCAGCUCCCCUAAUGGGUCAGAGGGGUCAAAUAGAUCAAACAAUCAGACAAAUAACUUCAGUGACGCUAACUUGCCGAGGAUAACUGCAAGGGAUUUCUCACCAGGUAGGGGUGUGACGUAUCCUGGAGGUCGUCGAAUUGUGAAAGCCAAAAAAAUAAUCAAAAAGUAAACAUCUGUCACAUUUCACUCCAUUUGUAAUCAAAAUCAGAAACAUUUUUUUGCUCUUAUCUCUGUCCUUUCUGUGGUGUUAACUCAAAAAAACCCUUAAAAUUACUAAAUGUACUUAUCUAGUAUCAAACUUGAUAAAACUGCUGUUGUAAGUGCAUUGUACAUCUAACCUCCGAGAAAGCCUUGCUUGUAUUUUUUAUUUAUUCUGUAACAGCUGAACUUGCAAUUUAUAGGGAUGCCUUCAUUGUAAGUUGAAUUAUACAACAACUGCAUUUACAUGCAUAUAUCAAUAUUGUUUUAUACUAAAUGCCUAAAAUUUACAUUCACACUUAAGAAUGGAAUAAUGUCAAUGCUAUACAAGGUUGAACCGGUGAUAUGUUUGGUAAACUUUUAUGCUACAUGUAUUUUGUUGUAUGGAACAAAUUUUUAUGCCCCCGUAAUCGUAGAUUCGGGGUAUAUAGUUUUUGCCCUGUCUGUCCAUCUGUCUGUCCAGCUGUUUAUCUGUUUGACCACAAAAACUUUAACAUUGCCCAUAACUUUUGAUUGGUUGGAGCUAUGGCUUUCGUAUCUCACAAGUGUAUUCCUUGUGACAAGACCUUCCUUUUGGUACCAACAUAUUUGACCUCUUGACCUUGACCUUGGAGUUUGACCCACUUUUGUAGAAAAUUACCCAACUUUAGCUUUGACCAUAACUUUUGAAAAGUUGGUGCUAGGGCUUUCAUAUUUCAUAUAUAUAUAUUCAUUGUGAAAAGACCUUUCCAUGGGUGUAAAUAUUUUUUACCUUUUGACCUUGACCUUAUAGUUUGACCCACUUUUAAAAAACUUAAACCUUGGCCAUACUUUUAAAUAGUUAGUACAAGGGCUUUCAAAUUUUCACAGGUAUAUUCCUUGUGACAAGACCUUCCUUUGGAUACCAACAAUUUUGACCUUUUGACCUUGACCUUAGAGUUUGACCUACUUUUGAAAAACUUCAACCUUCGCCAUAAUGUUUGAACAGUUAGUGCUACAACUUUUAUAUUUUGCUUGUGUAUUUCUUAUUACAAGUCUUCCCCUAUGUACCAUUAAUUUUUACCCUUUGACCUUGGUGUGUUACCCAUUUUUAGAAAACAUUGUCUUUGACCAUAACUUUUGAAUGGUUGGUGCUUGGGCUUUCAUUUUUUUUCCAGGUAUAUCCAUUGACACAAGUCCUUUCUUUAGGUAACAACAUUUUUGAUCUCUUGACCUUGGAGUUUGACUUGCAUUUGAGAAACUUUAACCUUUGCCAUAAGCUGCCAUACGGGGCAUCAGUGUUUCACAAACACAUCUUGUUGUACAUGUAUUUGGCUUUGAAAUUUUACUAGUGACCAACUGUUGAAUAUGUCAUCCUUUUUGACAACUGGAUUAGUAAAGAACCAUUAAGUAAACAUUGUCUUAAUGUCUUUAUUUAAUCGCAAUCUUAUACAUCUUCAUACAAAAUACGAUGUAGUAUAAAAACAUCAAAAAUGUUGUCUACUUCGCUAUGUAAAUGGGGCAGAGAGUUACUUGUUUUUUAGUCAUGAAUCUCAAAGUAUUUAUAAUAAGUAUCUUCUUGGUGGAAAAAGUGAAUGGGAUGUAUUGCAAUAUUUAACAGACUUAUUUUGGUGACCACAGUGAAAGUUUGAAAAUAUGUACUCAAGGUAAUGUAUUUAUUGUUACUUGUAUUAACAUUUUGUAAAAUGUUAUUUUAGUGUGAUAGCAUUGUUGCGCAUGUUAUUAUGUUAUCUAUAGUAUUUAUAAAUAAAAUUCACACAGAU